CGUCGAGGCCUUUUGACCUCUCCGACGCUCCGUCCCAGCCAGGAGGUGCGUGCGUCCCGCCCCGCCCACCCGGCCGCGGACGUCCGCUGCCAUGGCGACGCUGCUGCGCCGGCUGCGCGCCCAGCGCCGGCUGCCGAGCCGCUCGGCGUCCGCUGCAGAUGUGCCCCUCCGGGCCGGGAGCCAUGGCGCCGGCCUGCUGUACCCGGACCACAUUCCCACGUCCCCGCUGCAGAAGGCGCUGCUGGCCGCGGGGUCUGCCGCCAUGGCGCUGUACGACCCGUAUCGCCACGACAUGGUCGCCGUGCUGGGGGAGACCACAGGACGUCGAACCCUGAAAGUCCUCCGGGACCAGAUGAGGAGGAGCCCGGAAGGUGCCCAGAUCCUGCAGGAGCGCCCCCGGAUCUCACUGUCCACCCUUGACCUGGGCAAGCUCCGGAGCCUGCCGGAUGGCUCCCUCGGCCGCGAGUAUCUCCACUUCCUGGAUGUGAACAGGGUCUCCCCAGACACCCGAGCGCCCACCCGCUUCGUGGACGACGAGGAGCUGGCGUACGUGAUCCAGCGGUACCGGGAGGUGCACGACAUGCUCCACACCCUGCUGGGGAUGCCCACCAACAUUCUGGGGGAGAUCGUGGUGAAGUGGUUUGAGGCUGUGCAGACCGGCUUGCCCAUGUGCAUCCUGGGUGCACUCUUUGGCCCGAUCCGGCUCAGCGCUCCGCGCCUGCGCGUGCUGGUCUCGGAGCUGAUCCCCUGGGCGGUGCAGAACGGGCGCAGGGCCCCGUGUGUCCUCAACCUGUACUACGAGCGGCGCUGGGAGCAGCCCCUGAGCGCCCUGCGGGCGGAGCUGGGCAUCACGGCCCCCCCCAGGGACGUCCAGCGCCUGGCCCAGGCCUGAGCUGCUGAGCAGCAGGGUCUGGCCUGCCCCCCCCCACCUCUGUUCCUUCGUGGUGAACGCUGACCCUUGGACAUCAUUCAUCUUAGUUGUCAUUAUCUCCACUGAGUGGCCUUGAGGGCCAGUCCAGGAGGAAGUGGGCAGCACAGUGGGGCUCCCGGGGGGCUGGGAGUGAGUGAGGAACAGACGUGUCUCAGGCCUGCUCCUGCCUCUCCCCGCCAGCCCUGCUGUCCUGCGUGUCCUGGCUGUACCAGUUCCAGAGGCCUGGGAAGACAGAGGUGGGGGUGGGGGCGAGUCUGCCGUCCCAAUAAAGGCUCCCCCCACAGUGCAAA